AUGGCCACCACGUACCUGCCGGUUGGCAGUGGCGGCGGCGGUGGCGGUGGCGGCGGCCCCGGCUCCGGUGACCUGGACGGCAUGGGCGGCAUGUCGGUGGUCAACCAGCCGGGCGGCCCGUACCAGCAGCCGUCACCGUCACCACGCGGCGGCAACGGCCAAGACCACCCAGCCGGUGAGCUGAAGUACAUGCCACCCGGGCAGCACCACCAUCACCACCACCAUCACCAUCAAGUUCCUACGUCCCCGUCGCCGGUGUCACUGUCGGCCGCGGCCAGUUGGGUGGACCCGUGGGCCGCGUCCAUGAGCAUGCACCAGCACCAUCCACACCAUCCGCACCACCCGCACCAGGGACUGGACAUCAAACCGCCGCCAGACAUGCGAGCCGUGACCGGCGGCGGUGGCGGAGGCGGUGGCAGCGGAGGAGGAGGCGCGCAGACCUGGCACUCGGGGCCGCCGCCGCCUGUCGUCUCAGCCGGACACUACAACGGCAGCGGGUCCGGGUCGCCGCAACUCGGCCACCACGGCGCGUACCACGUGAUGAACGGCAUGCUGGGCCACACGCACCCGGCCGUCCAGAUGCACGGCCACAGCCCGUCGUACCCGCAGCAACACGACCCGCAGUCGCCCGGCGGCGAGGAGGACGCACCCACGUCCGACGACCUCGAGGCGUUCGCCAAGCAGUUCAAACAGCGCCGGAUCAAGCUGGGCUUCACGCAGGCCGACGUGGGCCUGGCGCUGGGCACGCUCUACGGGAACGUGUUCUCGCAGACCACUAUAUGCCGGUUCGAGGCGCUACAGCUGUCGUUCAAGAACAUGUGCAAGCUCAAGCCGCUGCUGCAAAAGUGGCUGGAGGAGGCGGACUCGACGACGGGCUCGCCGACCAGCAUCGACAAGAUCGCGGCGCAGGGCCGCAAGCGCAAGAAACGCACUAGCAUCGAGGUGUCCGUCAAGGGGGCGCUGGAGCAGCACUUCCACAAGCAGCCCAAGCCGUCCGCGCAGGAGAUCACGUCGCUGGCCGACUCGCUGCAGCUGGAAAAGGAGGUGGUGCGCGUGUGGUUCUGCAACCGGCGGCAGAAGGAGAAGCGCAUGACGCCGCCGAACACCAUGGGCGGCCCGCAGGACGGUAACGGCAUGAUGGACGGCGGCCUGGGCGGCGGCGGCGGCGGCCCGAUGGGCCACGGCGGCCUGCACCAGGGCUACCACCAUCAGGACCACGUGAUGCACGGCUCGCCGAUGGGCCCGCACUCGCACUCGCACAGCCCGCCGAUGCUCUCGCCGAUCGGCAACCAUCAGUCGCUUGCGGCCCAUUAA